AUGGGUUGUGGGAAAAGAUCUGCUGCAGAUAGAAUUAGCAGUUUGCCUUGUGAAGUUCUCGAGAAGAUUUUGGGAUGUUUGCCUUUGGAUGAUGCUAAAAAUGUCCAAGAAUUCUCACUUGGAUUUCCUGACAAGACGGACUUUUGUCUCCCUCCUCACCUAUUCAAAUUUCAGGAUCUAAGUCACCUGAAGCUUUAUACAUGUACAUUCGACCCUCCUCGCAAAUUUAGAGCUUUUAGUAGGCUUGUUACCCUUGACUUUUGGUUCGUCACCUUUGACCCUGCAUCAUUUCAGACCAUCCUUUCAAGUAGCCCAUUACUUGAACGUGUAACGUUGAUUAUGUGCACUCCAUUUGAUUGCUUCACUGUUGAUGCCCCUAGUCUCAAAUCCUUUGAAUUUUGGGGAGCAGCAAAAUCUUAUUGCUUCAAAAAUACCCCUCUGCUUGAGGAAAUUAUAAUGGGACAGACUUCUCUUUAUUGCUUCAUGUCAGAGUCCUUUGAGCCUCAGGUAACACUGCACUACAUCAAGCAAUUGAAUUUCAGGUUUCUCUUCAAUAUGGUUAAGUGGGCUGCGUAUGCGCUUCAUUUGAUCAGCAACUGCCCCAAUUUAGAAAGGCUCCGAUUUACGUUUCUCAAGUGUGAUGCCUCUAAGAAUGUUGUGGAGCGUUUUAUACAUCAGUUGCGAUCCCAAGGAAUGCCAAAUAGUACACUGAAGCAACUCAAAAGGGUGGAUAUAAAACUCUCGCUGUUUUCUGAACUUGAAAUGGAAUUUGUGAAGUAUGUAUUGUCAUCUGCAACUGUACUCGAGAUUAUAAGCAUUGUGACUUGUGCAGAAUUUAGUCAGAGGGGAAUGAAAAUGAUGGAGGAGAUAAAGCAAUUCCCUCCACCGUCACUCAAUGUAAUGUUCGAGAUUGAUCAAUCUUUGUAG